AUGAGGUCAGGAAGUUCUUUCUCUGUGGCGUUUGCCAUCCUCGCUUUCUUUGCCUUCGGAUGCAACUUCCAAGUGGCUGCUUUAGGGAUAGGUGUUCGUUUGGUAGGCGGUUCAGACUCCAUGGAAGGUCGAGUGGAGGUGUUCUGGAACGGUGCUUGGGGGACGGUCUGUGAUGACCUAUGGGACCUACGAGACGCAACAGUUAUCUGCCGGGAACUGGGUUUUCGAGAAGCUUAUGCGGCUCCCAUUGGAGCUGCAUUUGGUGAGGGAACCGUGGACAUAGUGUUGGAUGAUGUUCGUUGCACGGGUAACGAAGAGACGGUGUUUGAUUGCCCGGCACGAAGUCUGGGAGUACACGACUGCGUGCAUAGCGAGGAUGCCGGGGUUCGAUGUACUGGAGAUCGACCCGUCAUUAUAAUCUGCCCAUCUAAUCAGACGAUCGAUUCAGAUUCAAACCAGAACUUCGCUACGGUCAACCUACCUGGUCCUGCCGCUUCGUACCACAGCAGCCUUGGACGGCUCGAAAUCACUAUUGACGUGGAUGGUUCUACGCGUCGCGUUAAUGACGAAGUCAGAUUGAGUAUUGCAAACUCUCCACACGUCUUGCAAUUCAAUGCAAGUGAUGCAAACAACACUGCGACGUGCAGCAUGCAAAUCUCUGUUCUUGGGAUAGGUGUUCGUUUGGUAGGCGGUUCAGAUUCCAUGGAAGGUCGAGUGGAGGUGUUCUGGAACAGUGCUUGGGGGACGGUCUGUGAUGACGACUGGGACCUACAAGACGCAACCGUUAUCUGCCGGGAACUGGGUUACGGAGAAGCUUAUGCAGCUCCCCAUGAAGCUGCAUUUGGUCGAGGAGCCGGAGACAUACUGUUGGAUGAAGUUCGUUGCACGGGUAACGAGGAGACGGUGUUUGAUUGCACGGCAAUAAGGGGAUCGGGACACGACUGCAGUCAUUACGAGGAUGCCGGGGUUCGAUGUAGUAAGUUGUUAAUGUUGACAACAGACUGA